AUGGAUGGAUGGAUGCAACUGUCAAACGGAGGAGUGGUUGAAUGGAUGGAGGCUCUAGCAAGGAACCAUUCUGAACCCGGCCCCUGUCUUUGUUUUCCAGGCCGCCCACCACCCCUCCUGCCCCUGUGUGCCUCUGUGUCUUUGCUGGGUGGCUUGACCUUUGGUUAUGAACUGGCAGUCAUAUCGGGUGCCCUGCUGCCACUGCAGCUUGACUUUGGGCUCAGCUGCCUGGAGCAGGAGUUCCUGGUGGGCAGCCUGCUCCUGGGGGCUCUCCUCGCCUCUCUGGUAGGGGGCUUCCUCAUUGAUCGCUAUGGCAGGAAACAAGCCAUCCUGGGGAGCAACUUGGUGCUGCUGGCAGGCAGCCUGAGCCUGGGCCUGGCUGGCUCCCUGGCCUGGCUGGUCCUGGGCCGCUCAGCUGCUGGCUUUGCCAUCUCCCUCUCCUCCAUGGCCUGCUGUAUCUAUAUGUCAGAGCUGGUGGGGCCACGGCAGCGGGGGGUGAUGGUGUCCCUCUAUGAGGCAGGCAUCACUGUAGGCAUCCUGCUCUCCUAUGCACUCAACUACGCACUGGCCACUGUGCCCCGGGGAUGGAGGCAUAUGUUCGGCUGGGCUGCUGCACCUGCUCUCCUGCAGUCCCUCAGCCUCCUCAUCCUCCCUGCGGGUACAGACGAUGCUGCAGCCCACAGGGAUCUCAUCCCCCUCCAGGGAGGGGAGGCCACCGAGCGGGGCCUGGGGAGGCCAAAAUACUCCUUUUUGGACCUCUUCAGGGAGCGGGAUAACAUGCGAGGCCGGACCACCGUGGGGCUGGGGCUGGUGCUUUUCCAGCAGCUAACAGGGCAGCCCAAUGUGCUGUCCUAUGCCUCCACCAUCUUCCACUCAGUUGGCUUCCGUGGGGGAUCCUCAGCUGUGCUCGCCUCAGUGGGGCUUGGCGCGGUAAAGGUGGCAGCUACCCUGACUGCCAUGGGGCUAGUGGACCGAGCAGGCCGCAGGGCCCUACUACUAGCUGGCUGUGCCCUUAUGGCCCUGUCCGUCAGUGGCAUAGGCCUGGUCAGCUUUGCUGUGCCCAUGGACUCGGGCCCCAGUUGCCUGGCCAUGCCCAAUGCCACCAGGACAUUAAACCUCCCUGGAGACUCUGGCCUGCCAACGGGCUUCUCUUCACAUCCACUGUCAACAACCAGCAAGAACCAAGAGGAGCCGUUCUCGCCAACUCCUGAGAAAACCAAGCGUCAUUCCAGAGCUGGGGAUCCCACAGCCCCUCCUGUGCCAGUCCUAAGCACCGCCUCCCCGGCACCCCCUUCUCCUGCCCCGGAGCGUGCCCUGCUGCACUGGACCGCGCUGGUCUGCAUGAUGGUGUUUGUGAGCGCCUUCUCCUUUGGAUUUGGACCAGUGACCUGGCUGGUCCUCAGCGAGAUCUACCCCGCGGAGAUCCGAGGGAGGGCCUUCGCCUUCUGCAGCAGCUUCAACUGGGCCGCCAACCUCUUCAUCAGCCUCUCCUUCCUCGACCUCAUCGGCACCAUCGGCUUGUCCUGGACCUUCCUGCUGUACGGGCUGACUGCUGUCCUUGGCCUGGGCUUCAUCUAUGUAUUUGUCCCUGAAACAAAAGGCCAGUCGUUGGCAGAGAUAGACCAGCAGUUCCAGAGGAGACGGUUCCCCCCGAGCUUUGGCCACAGGCAGAGCACGUCUGGCGUCCAGUACAGCCGCAUCAAGGUCUCUGCGGCUUCCUGAGGAGCCCCGCUGCUUGGGAAAUGCUGGGCCCAUGGUUUUAGCAGAUGAGAUCCAGCUGCCUGGGCUCCAAGCACAAGUUCUAGGUGGUCCUUUGAGACCGACCCCUGCUCCAGAGAAGGUCUUCUGUGCUGGGGUGAAAGGGAUGAGAGUGCGAGAACCCGAAAGUCUUCAUGUUCAGUCUCAGGCUCUGAGGGUUUCCGGGGAGCUGCCUUCUUGCCUCAGUUUCCCCACUGGCCCUGCACAGCUCUGCAGUACUUAUAAUGAGAACUUCUUAUGGAGUUUCCACUGCGCCCUGGGCUUUCUCAGAGAAUCUCUGGCAGGGAGCCUCUUCUGGUAUCGCCCCUCAAUCCAGCUGAGGGUGCCGUAGUCUCUGCUCUUUUGUUUCAUCCGGUUGGGACUUCUCAGCGAGGGGGAAGCCUGCUCUUUUGACUCUUGGAAAUCAGUUUUGUUCACCCCUCUAAUUCUCUUAUCCGGAAUAUCUACCACUCACCAGCAGCCCACGCUGGUCGGCAAGAGGCUUGAGUUCUAGUCCUGAUGCUGCUGGUGUCACUGCUGUAUGACCUCAGGCCUCAGUUUCUCCCAUUUGUACAGUCAGGGACCUGGACCAAGUGGUUCUUAAGAUCUCUUCUGACACCAAUGAAUUGAAUUCUAAAUGCUGAUAAUACAACAGAUACUCAACAUGGGCCUGCUCUCAAGUCGCUAGUCAUCUCUCGGGAGGAUGUAAGUUUCAUUAGGAGAAAGGUCGACAGAAGUCCAGAAUUAAGUGCCCUAACAUCCAGCGUGGAAGGAGCGGCCGGGGCUGUCUCCGGGAUGGUGCUGGCUGCCCUUCCAUGAGAAAGGAGAUGGGUUUGGAGGCCCACAGACCCGGUUGUCAGUGUUGCCUCUACCUCUUGGCAGCUGUUGACUUUGGGUGAGGAACAACUCCCUCAAGCCUCGGUUUCCGCUUCUGCAGUGUGGGGGUGAGUACACCUCCGGGGUGUAUUUAACUCCAUCUGGUCCCAUUCAGCUAAUCAGGGAGUCGGGGGUCCCAUUCAGCUAAUCAGGGAGUCGGGGUGUCUGUUCACCUCAGUACCCAUGCUCCCCUCUUUGGGACACUGUGAAGGGUUGUCUCCCCAUGGGUGAGUCACAUAGAGAUUGAACAGGUAGUUCAGCCAGUGGUCACUGAAGAAAGGCACUGGCCAGAGUUCCCGGAUGCUGGGAAUGAAGAGCUGGAGGAGGCCCAGGGUGCUGGCGUCGGGCCGCUCAGCUGGGGGGUGCUGGCGCAGCCCCCAUGGACUCUGGUUCCUCGACUCCUCUCCUCUCCUUUCUACAUACAGAUGCUCCUCGACUUGUGAUGGGGUUACAGCCCAAUAAACCCAUCGCAAAGCCAAAAAUGCAUUUUGUACACCUCACCUACUAAACACCAGAGCUUAGCGUGGCCUACCUUAGACAUUCUCAGAACACCUGCAUAGAUUAGCCUACAGCUGGGCACAGCCAUCUAACAAAACACUGUCGGGUAUCGGUUGUGUGCCCUCGCGAUGGAGUGGCGGCCUGGGAGCUGAGGCUCGCUGCCGCUGGCCAGCGUCACAAGAGAGUAUCCUACCACAUGUCACUAGUCCAGGAAAAUGGAAAUUCAGAAUUCAAAGUGUGGAUGCAUAUUGCUCUCACGUCAUCAUAAAGUCAAAAAAUCAUAAUUUGAAUCAUCGUAAGUUGGGGUGACUGUACUUCCCUUCAGGCCAGUGGGGUGCUGGAGCUGGCUCCUACUGGCUCUGAGAGCUGACUGUUAAAUUUUCAGGAUUUUUGAAAGCUUGAAACACAGUUAAACACGGCCAUUAAAAGAAAUUAAAUUACUUAAACUCAUAAUUAAAGAAAUUGUAUUAAAAACAAAGGAAAUAAACACUAAAAACGCAUUACUUCCUCAUUUUACCACAUUUACUACUAUCUGUGCUCCGGAGGUUACUUACAUCUGUUGCAUCUUCUGAGGGACACGGGGGAGCCUGGGCAUUUCCUGCUGAUUCCACCUCCAUCAACACUGGCCAUGGGGAGUAUGUUGGCACCGCAGAGAGGGGGGACAUUACCGAUCAGGGCUUGAUGUACUGUUUUGUUGGUUUUCCAGGCUUAAGACUGUGACAGAUAGAAUGUUAAUACCAGUGCAAAUAAAACACUUAUGUCCAUUGUGUCUAUGGCCAGCACAUGGUGAGUAGCAUAAAAAAUGGAGGAAAUACUGUUUUAUGAUGUGAGCUGUUUAUUCAGCUUAGCAAGCAAGUUGCUCCUGCCAUUGAUGAAGGAGUUCUAAUGAACCCCUUCAUUGUUUUACUUUCCUCUGACUCAUCGAUGUAAACAGAAACUGCAACCAGCAUUCAUGCUGGAAUGCCACUUGUGAGCGUCUUCUUGCUGAGUCAGAUUGUCAUCGGGUGAUUAUCUGUCGUCUAAUUUUGUCCAGCCAUGGCUCAAUUGCAGUAAUAGUUGUUUGUGCAUACAAGUUUGACAAAAAAUAAAAAUCAUUUCGUGAGAA